AUGUCUAUGAAUGAAAAGCCCGACGGGGUCACUGUCCUGACCCGGAACGAUAGCUACUAUUGCGAGCACCGCGAGCACUCCACCCGCGAGCGUCGUCCUGAGCCAGUGCAAUAUGUUCAGCAGCGCCAGAUCGCUGACCCGGCCCCUUUGGGGAUGUUGGCCUACGGCACCGUCUUCCUGUGCUCGUCCCUGCUGACAUUGGGUGCUGGGGGCGUCACCACGCCCAAUCUGGUCCUCGUAUUCGCUGUGUUCUUUGGUGGUAUAUCGCAAACGCUGGUCGGGUUGAUAGAAUUUUACCUUGGCAAUACCUUCGCGGCAACGGUCUUUACCGCAUACGGAGGUUUCAACUUCAGUUACGGUGCACUCUACCUUCCGCAGGUUGGUCUUGCGUCUGCGUACUCCGUCAAUGGUGUAGUCACUGAAGAGUUCACUCACGCCAUCGGCAUCUACCUAGCUAUCUGGUGCCUUAUCACUGGUGUAUUCUGUAUUGGGGCACUCCGGACGACAGCUCCCAUUGUGUGGACGUUGGGUAUGACAGUCCUUGCUCUCGCCUGCCUGUCUGGAAACUGCUUCCACCCCAACCCUCAUCUCAACACGGCCGGAGGGGCAUUCGGCAUUGCAGCUUCCGCGGGGGCCUACUACGGCGCGCUCUCUGGCUUCUACUCUAGCGCAUCAACGCUUGAGAUGAUCCGCAUCCCGCCCGUCGUGCUCGCGUACUCUGAGCCGCAGAGCGCUUGA